AAAUAAGGCAAAACUAUAUCUCCCCCUCCCCCCUUUAAAAAAAAAAAUAGAGGCAGGGGGAAAAAAACCCAGGAAGACAGAAGCAAUGACCAUGACUACUAUGCCAGAAAGUCUGAACAGCCCGGUGUCAGGGAAGGCGGUGUUCAUGGAGUUCGGGCCGCCGAACCAGCAGAUGCCUCCAUCCCCCAUGUCCCAUGGACAUUACUCCAUGCACUGCCUGCACUCAGCCCAGCACGACACGUCGUACAGCGGCGCCUCUUCCUUCUCCAGACCGCUGGCUUACCCCUAUGUGAAUUCGGUGAGCAGCCAUACUUCUAAUCCCUACAUCAGUACCGUGCAGCCCUACCCCAACAGCUCCAGCCUCAGCCAGAGCCGCUUAGAGGAGCCAGGGGCAGAGACCGAGAAGAGCACGGUGGUGGAAGGUGGUGAGGUUCGAUUUAAUGGCAAAGGGAAGAAGAUUCGGAAACCAAGGACUAUCUAUUCCAGUCUGCAGCUACAGGCAUUAAAUAGGCGCUUCCAGCAGACCCAGUACCUGGCACUGCCCGAGAGAGCGGAGCUGGCAGCCUCCCUGGGACUUACCCAGACACAGGUGAAGAUCUGGUUCCAGAACAAAAGGUCUAAAUUCAAGAAACUGAUGAAGCAAGGGGGGGCAGCACUGGAAAGCAGCGCCCUAGCUAAUGGUAGGUCACUUUCUGCCGGUUCCCCCCCAGUGCCCCCGGUAUGGAACAGCUCCAGUUCUUCUGGGAAGGCCACUUCUGGGACAGCUUACAUUCCAAGCUACACCUCCUGGUACCCAUCAGCUCACCAAGAAGCUAUGCAGCAGCCUCAGCUGAUGUGAUCACCUCGGCCAAAUCUGCCCAAAGGGACCUUUUUCAUAAAACUGCAUAGUUAUCUGAUAAGAAAAAAAUAAAAAUAAAGUCCACUUUAGAGGAGAAGCUCUGUGCCUUUAAUCGUGGUGACUCCAGUGGACAAAGUGGUGGAGCUCACAACAUGCAACAUGAGGCGGGCUGGUACCCAACAGUUGGCAGAGCACUCUCUACCCAUUCUAUGCCCAGGCACUGGAGACUUGGAGAGCCUGGUAGCCAGAAGUGGAGAAUACAGGCACACACCAUACUCUAAGGACAAUUGGAAUCAAAGAUGUUUGUAGAUGGAGGAACAAUGACACCGACCCUCUUAUGUCUGUCUUUGUCUCUUGGUAAUUCGUGCCCAUUCUCCAACCUCUCUCCCCCCACCAAUCCAACCCACAAUCAGCAAAUUCCCCUAUAGGAAGCCGUUAUUCUAUCUCCAUGCCAGAGGAACUGUCUCAAUUUUGGUGGAUCAGCAAAUUACUUAUUUAUUGGAGCAAAAAUGUGGAUCAACACAAAUGUGAUAGAAAAUACCAGUUUGGCAAACUGGAGUGUUUGAUAAUAAUAAUAAUAAAAAAAAGGGAAUCGAGUUAUUGUUAAUGCAAAAACAAUUGUUAAAAAUUUUUUUUUUUUAUACUUUGAGGUUGGUACUGUGUGUUUCUUCAUUUUUUUUAUCACCUUCUGCCCUGUAGAAAUACUAUAAUCUGUUAAUAUGGAUUAGACAAAAUAGGGCCUGCUUGCCCAAUACCUAAAUAAUGUGAAACAGUGCAAAAUCUUAGAAAACAAGACAAUUGGCUGUUGUAGAAAAUUCACUUUUAAAAUUUGGCCCUUUUUACCAGUGUCUAGAAAAUCAAUGAAAUCCCCCUCCACCCCCAGUGUGCAUAUAUGAAGCCCUUGCAUGCCGGCUAUUGGAUAACCCACCUAUUGCAGUGCAGUAUGGUGGAAGUAUGAAGAAGUUAAUAUCUUUAGGAACCCCCCCCCCCCCCAACCCCUGUACAUAAUGUUAUUAGUGUUCUGUAAAAAUGUUGCACAGUUUUUUUUUUUGCCCUCUGUUUUGUUCUGCGUGCCUGUAAGUACCCAUGAUGCUUUUGUGAAAUUGAAUUUUGACAUCUUUGUGAAAUUUUGGAAUCUGUGAUUACUGAGAACCGUUGUGUUUAGUGUUCUUAUAUGUCAAAAGUUUAGUUUUAUAUUGAAAAUGUUAACUUAUUGCUUUGUAUCUUAAAGGGAAAAAAAAAAAAUCAAAACACUUUGUAAAUAAGUUAUAAAAGUUUCUUUAAGACAGUAAAAAUGGUUUUGAAAAAGA